UAAACAGCAACGACCAGAAAAUCUCUGCAGAGUGUGCGCACGUUCUGCACGUGCCAAGUUGCAACGGCAGUGUGUGAGUGCGCGUCCCCGUCAGCAGAGCGCGCCCGCGGACUUCUGUUUCUGUUUGCGUCGUCGCUCAGCUGGUGCGAAUGUCACAUGACUUCAGCAUGGAUCUUUACUAGAAACCUGCGUCUGAACGCUCGUCCCAAUGGGGAAACGCGAAGCCCAGAUUUUGUGUUGAUGAAAAGCAAAGCAACAGCAUGCCGACGUUGCUGCAAAAGCUCUUCAGCAAGAGAGCAGUCGGUAACGGUAACGGCAGCGCCCGGGACUGCUCGACGGGAGCGGAGCAGCGUUGGGCAUCUGCUGAGUUUGAUCUAGCUCAGAUCAGGCUGAUAGUGUAUCAGGACUGCGAGAGAAGAGGACGACAGGUUCUGUUUGACUCUAAAGCAAUACAUAAACUGGACGCAUCUGAGCCGACGGCUGAUGAAACCAAAACUCCCCCUAACCGCAGUGGAGCUUGCCAUAUCGGCAGCCAAGCAAAUGAGAAAGACAAGCCUCCUACAUAUCAGUAUACCAGACCGGCUUCAGAUGUGAACAUGCUUGGAGAGAUGAUGUUUGGCUCUGUUUCCAUGAGCUACAAAGGUUCAACUCUUAAAAUUCACCACAUUCGGUCUCCACCGCAACUGAUGGUCAGUAAGGUUUUUUCCACCCGGUUCGGAAGCAGCAGCACCUCUGGAAGUACAAACACGCUUCAAGACAGUUUUGAGUCGAUGAGCCAAACUUUUCCUAGUCACACCAGCAGCAGCAUAGGAGUACGCCAUGUACCUAGCGCUCCUCUGCUCUCCCUGGUUCGGAGCGCAUCUUUUUUUGCAGCCCACAGCAAUCCGGUGGACAUGCCGAGCAGAGGACACAGUGAGGACGGAGACAGUGGCAUAGCUCGCUCGGCAUCUCUGAGCAGUUUGCUGGCCACCCCGCAGCCUUCACCUGGCUCUUCCUUCAGCAGUGGCUGUGCCAGCAGCUACCAGCGCCGGUGGCUCCGCAGCCAGGCCACCAGUCUACAGCAUGGCCCCAUGCCCCGCUGGAACGCAGAGGAAAUGUUCAACCUGUCUGACGAGAGCUGCAGCUCCAACCCUGCCAUGAUCCGGAGGAAGAAGAUUGCCAUCAGCAUCAUCAUCAGCCUGCCGGAGCGAGAAGAGGAAAAUCACAACUUUCAGGAGUUUUUCUUCUCCCACUUUCCUCUUUUCGAGUCUCACAUGAACAAACUCAAGACUGCCAUCGAGAGGGCAAUGAUAGUGUGCAGAAGGAUAGCAGAGUCCAGUCAGCGAGUGCAGGUCUAUCUGUGCAGAGUGAUGGAAGCUCUUGGAGAGUUCAGGAUGACAGUGUGGAACCUGUACAUGGCUCCCCGCAUCAGCGAACCAGUCUGGCUGUCCAUGAUCUCCCAGAGUGCCGAGCGAAACCUACUGUGCCAGCGCUUCCUGAAGGAGAUGAGUUUGCUGAUGGAGCAUGGAGUCAAGAGCCAGUUUCUGUCAGCUCUCCUUACUGCUGUUCUUACACAUCAUUUAGCCUGGGUGCCCACCGUCAUGCCCAGCAACCUGCCACCAAUCAAACCCGCCUGCCAGAAACCCACUUCCCAGACGGUGGAUCUGCUGGCUAAAUCUCACCCGUACAACCCGCUGUGGGCUCAGUUAGGUGACCUGUACGGAGCUUUGGGCUCUCCGGUGAGAGUGUGUCGAACGGUGGUCGUGGGCCGCAGAAGGGAGCUGGUACAGAGGGUCUUGUAUAUUCUCUCCUACUUCAUUCGCUGCUCGGACCUGCAGGAACAUGUGCAACCACAAGGACAAAAGGACAAUCCAGCCAAUCCCUGCACCUCUCCAACCACUGACCCCAACCCUGCCAGUGAGAGAAUCUGCGAAAAAACAUUUCCCCCUCCACCAGACACAAUAAAGCCCAUUCCAGGCACCUUUAUGGAGCAAAAUGACGAGACUGUUUCAGCAGAUACACACUCAACCAAUACACCCACUGGUCUAGAAGCGAGCAUGGUCAGGCCUGAAUGUACUGAAAUGGGACCGGAAUGUUUUGGAGAACACGUCGACUCUGUUGGAGGUGGAUUAGAGCAUAUUUUGGCAAAUCAGAGUCCUCUUCCACAAAGGGUGCAGUUUCACAUUGGCAGCCCCAGAGAGGUGGAGAAUGUGGGACAGGCUGGGGGUUUGAUGUGUGGAGGGCAAGGGUUGGACAGGAAGUUGCAUCAAAGGCUUUUGACGGACAUAAGGAGGAACGAAAGUUCGGAUAGUGCUCUAGGUGACAGUGAUGAUGAGGAAACAUCAUCGAGAGAAAUGUACAUGGCCGCUGAACAAACAGAGUACGAGUUACCACUACCAAGUUCUCAGGUGGAGAGUCGAGCCAGUGUCAAUCAUUUUGGCCGUUCUCUGCUGGGCGGCUACUGUCCUCAGUACAUGCCCGACUUUGCCCUGCAUGGCAUCAGCUCAGAUCUCAGGCUCAAACAGUGCCUCAUGGCUGACCUGGAACACACUGUUCUUCAUCCAGCACUGGAUGAACCGGUGGCCGAGGCUCUUUGUAUUGUGGCAGAUACGGAUCGACUGAGUGUUCAGGUGGUGACGAGUCAGAGGCGAAUGUGUGAAGGCGGACGGUUGGGCAGAGACGUGAUGGUGUCCAACCUCAUACACACACUCAUCACAUCAGUUCUGCAGCUGUAUGCACUCAACAUCGCUGCUGAUUUUUGUGUGAUGCAUUUGGAGGACCGCUUACAGGAGGUGUACUUUAAGAGUCGGUCCUUAGCAGAAUAUCUGAGAGGACAAACCAGGGUCCAUGUAAAAGAGCUGGGGCUUGCACUGGGGAUUGAGUCUAGUGACAUUCCAUUGCUUGCAGCAGUGGCCAGCACACAUUCACCUUACGUGGCCCAGAUCCUUCUUUAAAUGGACCAAACAAGACUUAAUUUUAAGGACCAAUCAGAAUGUGUUCCUGUUCUGCAUGGACCAGCAAGGAUCUGAUCCCUAUCAGAUGACCACACCAAUCACAAUGCAAUGCUCGACAACCAAUCAGAGCUCAUGUUCAGCCUUAAUCUACCAAUCAGAAUGCCUCGUAUGUCCAGCUGACAGUCUUUUGUGUGUGUGUGUUUAUGUGUGAAUCUAUAGAGUGAAUCCUGCACCACAUUAGGACAUUUGUUAAUGCUUGUUUUAAAUUUGACCUCAUGUUUUAUUUGAAAGGGAAGACUAGAGACAGCGAAUAUUAUAGAUUGAAAAAUAAAUUUUAUUUAAAUGCACAAUAGUUUAGUUCUAGAAAGAGCAUGAGCUCUUCCUAGAAGAGCGUGUUUACACCAGGAGCCACAUUUUGUAGCAUUUGUGAGACUUGGCUCCUCUCAGAAGAAAUUAUUCAGUCAAAAUUUGGUUUUAAAAAUGCACUCCCCCUCAUGUUGUACCAAGUCUGCAGGAUUUUCCUCUUUUUGAACGAUAUCCUGGACACUCUUGUCUAUAUAAUAAAAGCGAAGUAUUUUUAAAGUCAA